AUGCCAGCGCCGCCCCCUCCACCUCCGCCGGCGCGAGGCGGCCUGUCCCUUUACGCGAACCUCCUCGACCCGGCCGCCGACUCCUCCCCGGCCACCAUUUCGAGCGCGCCAGUCCGCUACAAUCAGGAUGGCACCGUCGCCGACGCAAAAGAUGAGGUGGCAGCGAAGAAGCUCAUAGACCCAUCCCUUCGCUUCCAGCCCAUCCGCAGGCCGCAGGCCAAAACGGCAAAACCAAAGCCGUCCUUCCCCAAAAAAAUCCCCGGCGCGAACGCCUCAGCAACAGUAGCGACUGCGACAACACCGUCGUCCGCCUCCGCGCCCUCUGUAGCGGCCCCGCAACAGCCCCCGCCGCCAAAGAGCACCCUCGCCGACUGGGCUGUCACCGAAGAGGACGAGUGGCGGUACACGGCGAACGCGGGCGGCGAUAAGUCCCACCAGCGCGGCGGUCGUCGGAAGAAGAAGAAGAAGGGACACAACGACCAGCCCGCCGAGACGAACUGGGACGACAUCUACGACCCGACCAAGCCCACAAACGUCGAGGAGUACCUCCGUAGCGAUGAGCGCAUCCGCGAGGUGCAGGAGUGGAAGAGGCUGCUCUACCGUCACCGGAAACGCAGGAGCUCGAGUGAAGACAGCGAAGACGAGCCCGCCCGAAGGCCGGCAAUGAACCAGUUCGCGCCGCCGCCCGAAUACUCCUUCGUCCCUCCGCCCCCGGCCUCCCCACCACUGGCUUCCGCAGCAUCGGAUGCGGACGACACAACCGGAGACGACACCUACGCCCGCCGUCUAGGCCUCUCCGGAGCAGCACCGCCACCUCCCACCGACGCUAGCCUUCCUCCUCCGCCGCCCCCGCCGGACGCGGCAACCAUAUCCCGCGCCCCCGUUCGCUACAUCCCUUCUACAGAACCGAAAAUGGUAGCAGAAGAAGGCUCCGACCGAGACUCCUCUCCUCCGGCCCUGGGCCUCGGCGCCACCCCCGCCGCCGCCGAUGACGAGCCGCCGGCCCCGCGCUCCUCCCGCCCAGGCCAAGCCGGCUUCGCCCAGCGCCUCAUGAGCAAGUACGGCUGGACAAAGGGCUCGGGUCUCGGCGUCGACGAGUCCGGCAUCGUUAACCCGCUGCGGGUGCAGGUCGAGAAGCGUAAGAAGAGAUCUGAUGCCGAAGGUGGCGGCUGGGCCGAGCCCGCAAACCGCGCCAAGAUCCUUGGCGGAAGGCGCAAGAACGACGGCGAGGGAGGCAAGUUCGGCGGGCCCAUGAGCGAGGUCAUUGUGUUGCAGCAGAUGCUGGACAACAUGGAGGACUUACAGGGUGAAAUUGCGAACGGCCUGGGGCAGGAGAUUGGGGAAGAGUGUGGCGAAAAGUACGGUCGAGUAGAGCGCUUGUACAUCGACGUUGAGAACCGCCAGGUCUUCAUCAGGUUUACGGACCAGGUUUCGGCGCUUCGUGCUGUCAACGAACUGGAUGGACGAGUAUUCAACGGCAAUACCGUGGUGCCCAAGUUCUAUGACACAGAAAAGUUCGAGAGGGGGGUCUACAGAUAA